AUGCCAGAUUGUCCUACUUGUAACCGCCCAGUCUAUUUUGCCGAACGUGUUACUUCCAUUGGGAAGGACUGGCAUCGACCAUGCCUUCGCUGCUACAAUCAAGCAUGUAAGAAGACGCUCUCCGCUGGUGGUCAUUCUGAACACGAAGGCAAGCCUUAUUGCAAUCGCUGCUAUGGAGCAUUGUUCGGACCUCGCGGGUGA